AUGAACUAUACUCGAUACACAAGUGAUGAAUCGCAUGUCAUGACCGCACAUGAUCCAACCUCAGACCAUACUAUUUCACCUAACGAAGCAGAAGGUGUAAUAUAUGCGCUCCAUAUAGCUCGAAAUGCUAUUGGCGCUGUAUUCUAUGAUGGUGGAAGCAGAACUCUCAGCAUCAUGGAAGAUGUACCUCAGACUGAAUUGAAGUCGGAUAUCGAACAAUGCUACCAAGUCAAAGAACUGCCGUCGAGGUAUUUCUGUAUUGCGAAAGGAAAAGUUGCAAUGGAAGAUUUGGUUGCUUCUCAUCAUCAGGAGGGAAUGCGACAGAAUACAUUGGGUGCUAUUCCUGUAGAAGAAGGACAGUCGCUGGCUUGUACCAAUGCAAUACUUUCCUAUAUUCGUCAACGCAGCGAUCCAGACGCGACGGAUCCUUAUCUGUACAAUCAGACUCUUCCCUUAGUUCUGGAGAUAUUCUCAAUGAAAAACAUCAUGAAGAUCAGCAAUGGAGUGCUCCAGCGAGAUUCGCACCCUAGUGUACAUCAACCUAAAGUUAGAGGAGGAUUUUCACUGUUUGGAAUUAUGAACUAUACACUGACGGCAAUGGGAGCAAAGAAGUUGCGACAAUGGUUUUGCCUACCCACCUAUGACAUUGAUAUUCUAGAGGAAAGACAGAAUGCCGUGGCAUACUUUAUUGAAGCAGAAAAUUUGCUUAUUCGCGAUCAAUUCCGGGCUUGCCUAAAGUUGAUGAACAACGUCGAAUUUACGGUCGGAAGAAUGAAGACUUCUAGUAAUUUAAGCGACUGGCGACAUCUUCUAAGAUUUGCAAUAGGUGCCAAAAAGCUUCACUAUUUGGCGCAAAACGUCACAGUUGACUUGGAAGUUGUUCGAAAGAUAACAUCAGCCAUUGAUCUAAGGGUGUUAGAAGCAACAGCUAUAUCCAUAGAGAACACAAUCGACUUCACCAACAGCCAAAAAGAAGGCACCAUAGUCAUAAGAUCAGGGAUCGAUGAUUGGCUAGACGAAACGAAGAAGGCAUAUUGGGAACUAGGUGACUUGCUAGUGUGUAUUCCCGCGUCUCAGCGCCAGGUGGCCGAGGAAAUCAACAGUACCGUGCCUAGCUUUAUAGCUGAUGUAUUGGAUGUUGUCUACCUUCCUCAACUCGGUUAUUUGAUAACACUACCAAAGAAAAUUGACCCGUCUAGCCUUCAUUCGGACGAGUUCCAAUUUCAGUUUUCUGCAGAAGAUACAAACUAUUACAAAAAUUCAAACACAAGAGGUGAUGUACUUAGCAUGCUACUUUCACUGCCGUAG